AUGUUUUUAUAUUCUAAAAUACGUGACUACCAUGAGCGCAUACACGUUGGAGAAGACUACUGGUGCGCGGACUGUGGCAAGACGUUCAAGGAGCGCCAGGAUCGCGACAUGCACGAGUGCAUUGUUUGCAAGGGAGACCGGCCCUACAGCUACUCCGAGUGCAACAAGGACUUUGAAAGGCAGUACCAUCUCAAACAACAACAGCUGGAAAAACACUCUCUAUUAGUGGACCAGACUGUCGACCCAGAACCUGAGUCCAAGGACAUUGAGGACCAACCGAGUCAGUUUGAGUCAGCUGAGAGUUCUGAGGCACCCAUAAGGAAUGAACCAAUACAAUACACUUGUGAAAUAUGUGGAACAACUUGGGCGACACAAAAUAGCAUGCGCUCUCACAUGUUUAUACAUAGAAAAAAACAAAGGAAACACUAUACCUGCGACGUCUGUGGCAAGGUAUUUAGGCUCAAAUCACCUUUCACCAAACAUCAGCUCAGACACAAGGGAGACCUGCCCUUCAGCUGCUCAGAGUGCAACAAGGACUUUAAAAGUCAGUACCAGCUUAAAAAACACCAGCUUGAAAAGCACCCUCUAAAGGUGGAGCAGCCGUGUUCUGAUCUUGUAUGGACAGCGACCUGA